AAAUGAAUCUCCAACUCAAGAGUGAGUGACAGACUUCCGAGUCGAAACGUGGAGUGAAGAGUAGACAAUGUGGCGCCGGAGCUUUAGCACGACGCCUGGUCAAUUGACUAAGAAGAAAUGGGACGCGUUAGUGAUCGGCGGCGGCCACAACGGUUUGGUAGCUGCAGCUUACCUAGCGCGCGGCGGUCUCUCCGUCGCAGUUCUCGAGCGACGCCACGUCAUCGGCGGGGCGGCAGUGACGGAGGAGAUCGUCCCCGGCUUCAAAUUCUCGCGUUGCAGUUACGUCCAGGGGCUAAUCCGUCCAUGCAUCAUCAGUGAUUUGGAGUUAGGCAGACACGGGCUGAAGCUUCUGAAGAGGAGUCCUGCGUCGUUUACGCCUUGUUUGGAUGGGCGUUAUCUUCUUCUAGGCCCAGAUCAGGCGCUUAAUCACUCUGAGAUUUCCAAGUUCUCGAGAAGUGAUGCUGAAGCUUACCCAAGAUACGAGAAGCAGCUAGAGAGGUUUGGUAGAUUCAUGGAUACUCUCUUGGAUGCAGCUCCUCCAGAGUCUCUGCAAGGUGACUCUUCUUUUAAUGAUAAGCUGAGCAAUAAGUUGCACAAAUCUGCUUUCUGGGCUCGGUGUCUUCGGCAAGCAGCUUCUUUGGGGCAAAAGGAUAUGGUGGACUUCAUGGAUCUUCUGUUGGCCCCAGCUUCAAAAGUAUUGAACAACUGGUUUGAGUCUGAUGUCCUGAAGGCGACUCUUGCAACCGAUGCUGUGAUUGGGUCUACGGCCAGUGUUCACACUCCUGGAAGUGGAUAUGUCUUGCUACAUCAUGUGAUGGGAGAAUCAGAUGGAGAGCAUGGCAUUUGGUCUUACGUCGAAGGUGGGAUGGGCUCUGUCUCCAUGGCUAUAGCCAAUGCUGCAAAGGAAGCUGGCGCUCAAAUUUUCACAAACGCAGAGGUUUCUGAAGUAUUGACUGAGGAUUCUAGCAGCGUGAAAGGGGUUUUGCUUGCUGAUGGUACACGGGUGGAAUCAUCGGUUAUAUUGUCCAAUGCAACCCCUUACAGAACUUUUGUGGAGCUGGUUCCGUCCAAUGUUCUUCCUGAAAAGUUCGUCAGUGCUAUAAAGAACUCAGAUUACAGCUCAGCAACUACCAAAAUAAACAUGGCUGUUGACAAGUUACCACAGUUCCAAUGCUGUAACACUAAUCAUUCGGGACCAGGACCAGAGCAUUUCGGCACUAUACACAUUGGUGCAGAGACCAUGGACGAGGUUCACAUAGCAUGUCAUGAUGCUGAAAACGGCUUACCAUCAAGAAGACCAGUGAUCGAAAUGACUAUUCCAUCCACACUAGACAAUACUUAUUCUCUUUUUUCUGGUGUGUCUAGUAAUAAGAAUGCAUUUUAGCUCUGAAUGUGGUUUUGUGUUAUAGGGAAACAUGUAAUCAACUUGUUCAUCCAAUACACUCCUUACAAGCCAUCAGAUGGAACCUGGGAAGAUCCUGUGUAUCGAGAAGCAUUUGCACAAAGAUGUUUCAAAUUGAUUGAUGAAUAUGCACCUGGGUUUAGCUCAUCCGUCAUUAGCUACGAUAUGCUGACUCCUCCCGAUCUCGAAAGGGAAAUUGGUCUAACAGGUGGAAACAUCUUUCACGGUGCCAUGGGAUUAGACUCUCUCUUCUUGAUGCGGCCGGUGAAAGGAUGGUCGAACUACAAAAGCCCUUUGAAAGGACUCUACUUGUGCGGAAGCGGAGCUCACCCUGGAGGCGGAGUUAUGGGCGCACCAGGAAGAAACGCAGCUCUUGUUGUUCUUCAAGACUUGAAAUGAAUCUAGAGACGUCAAUGUUAACUGUAUCUGUUUAGGAGGACUCUUUGACUUCAACUUAAAACUUCUGUUGCCUUUAGAUACUUCGCUGUCUCUCUUGGUCAGGACAGAUGUGUUACUAUCCAAUAAGAAGCCUCCACGUGUAUCUUUACCUAAAAA